CAAAAAUUACGAAAGUGAAGCUUAUUAAAAUUUUAUAUUUAGAAAAAAUGGCCACUGAAGUUCCUGAUAAUUUUGAAACCAAGUUUCAAGUCGCCCUCAAUCCAAAAUCAAUUAAAUACCCCGUUAGUCAUAUUGCUAAUAUUCAAAAUUUACAACCAGGAGAGAGAUUUUCUAGAAAUUUUACUCCUGAAGAAUUUGAAAGGACAAUCUUUAUUAUAAUUUUAUAG